CUUGUAGUGCGAGCAAAAAACCGAAACGCCGGAUUCGGAAAUAAAUUAAAGGAGAAAAGGCCUCAAUCCGUAAGGAGGCGAUGAUGACAAAUCAUCAGGAUAAAGCCACGAACGAAUAAAAUAGUCAAGUGCUAUCCGAUGCACCCUCCUGUCUUUCCAUAUAUAUAUGUUUCUCGUUCUGCUUGCAUGAUUUGAAUUUGUAUAAAUCGGUUCUGAGCUUCCCCCGGAGAGGACCCAGUAAUCAUUUUCUUGAUUUGCAGAGAUCAGAGCUUUCUUCUUCUUCUUCUUCUUCUUCUGUCUUCUGGGUUCUUGGUGAUGACCAGGACGAAGAUGGGUGGAGAAAACCGGAGCUCAGCGGACGUGGAUGAUCCGGAGCUUGUUGAUGCGGGCAGAGGCGGUGGUGGCGGAGGCGGCGGGGAGUGUUGUGAGUCUGAAUCCUCCAUGGAAGACUCUAUGGUGUCCGAUGAGUCGUCAUCGUGUUCGUCGUCGGAAUUGGCGGAGGAUGCAUCGUCCUCUGCGUUGUGUUCUUCUUCUUCUUCUUCCUCCUCCUCAUCUGCCUCUUUGUCAAAUUGCCGUGGGCCUCUGUAUGAACUGUCUGAGCUCAUGACUCAUCUCCCUAUCAAGAGAGGGCUUUCCAAGUUUUACCAAGGGAAGUGCCAAUCGUUCACGUCCCUGGCCAGAGUCCAGAGCAUCGAAGACCUCGUGAAGAAAGACAAUCCUUACAGAAAGAGGUUGAAAACGUGCGAGAGCUUCGCAGGAGCAUUGGACAAGCAUAGCCAAAAGGCAUACAGCCCGAGGCCUACAAUAUCAAAGAAGGGCUCGGUUUCGAAGGGUUCGUCUUCGUCUUCUUCUUCACUGAGCAAGAGAGGCGCUUCUGUGGCUAGUCUUGCCGUGAAUCCUAGCUCCCUGGUCAAGACCUUCCAUUGUUAAAAAACUCUUGCCAGGGACAGGAUCCUAGAACUUGUUAGGAAAGAAAAUGUGAAGUUUGUUCUGUUUUUUGUGGACAGAUUCAUUGACUACUCUAUGAAGAGAUUUUGCUGUCUUCUGCUUCAAAGUCUGUAAUUUCGAGGGAAGCUUUCAGAUUUCCAUUAUCUCAGCGAGUUGAAUGACAGUCUAACAUUGAUGUGCCA